AUGCACGCUGAAACGGAGGGUUCACGAGGGUUGCUUCCAAUACCGAGUGAAGGUAAAAAUUCUCCGCACUUGAGAAGCUUACGGGAUGUUAAGAUUUUACUUCAACAAUUUUACCCGGAGGUGCUGCCUCUACCACUCAUUCCAUCAGUUUCUAUCUCAUUCGCAAACGAGGCAGAGAACCUCAUCGCGGCGCGCUUUUCAUUAGCGAGCUGA